AUGUCUGAAAAACCGAAGCCCAACAAGAGCAUCCUAUCAUACUUCCAGCCGUCCUCUCAGCAAACACCAUCGUCACAGCGGUCUUCACGCCUAUCAUCAAUCCACGGCUCGUCGCCGCCUGCUCCAUCUUCGCCGCUCAGCUACAAGGCUACCCCUGUUGCGAGAAGGGUGGCACCUUUGGAAAUUGGCGCCUCCGAUGACGAUGCUAGCGAUGGCGGCUUCUCAGAUGACUCUCUAGAAGACCUCUCCGCUCUCCUUGGGCGAGGACGACCUAAGCCUGUGGCUUCAUCAUUUGACACCCCCAGGGCCAAGAGGACGGCAGCGAUGCCUUUCGUAUCGCCCGCCAAAGGUGCACUGAAGCACAAAUUUGACCUAAAGGCCCUGGCCAAGGAUGCUCGUCUGGACAAUGCCCUAAAUGCAAGCUCAUUAAAGGCAAAGGCCUCUACAGGCGCCGCAAGACCUCCAUCCCCAACAAGAGGAGAAUCAUUUGACCUUGCCUUUGCUGAUAUUGUCAAAGAAAAGAGCGGGCAAGAUGCUCACAAGGUCAUCAGAGCGGUCCAGCGGGCGGAGCCAAUUCAGUCUCAAAGUCGAUAUUGUUUCUUCGAUAUAGACUACAAAGUCCCCCCAAGCUCGCCUGUUCCAAAGCUUGCGUCGCCAUGGACCUUGCUAACUCAAGGAAACUCGGCAGCAAGGGAACGGAAUCUCACUUCUGGUGUUCCUCAAAGCAUUCUAGCCAAGAGCGGUGGACUGCCGGAUUCUCUGUUCAAGUGGAUACUGGAUGAGCUGUGCAUUGAGAGAUCAUCUCUUAUCCGACGUGAAUAUUGUCACAUUAUUCAUGAGUGCCCCAAUCAAGUUGAACGGCUUCUAACACCUGAGCGGCUGGAGGAGCUCUUCCUGAGACUCGGAGCUGGCGAUGACGUCAAAUUUCGAGACUCUGAGAUCGCAAUCUCCAAACUAACCAAUGAACCAUAUCAAGAUCGUGACUGGUCAAAUCUGGAGUCUUUUUUUACGCUUCUGGGCAUGGUCUCAGGCCACUUGUCGGCUGCGUCCGCCAUUUACGCAUCACAUGCUCUACUUCGGAUGUCCAUGGACAAGCUGUUGAUUUACAACAUUGACCUAUUGACGGCGUACCAAGACGCGAUCCAAAGUCUAGUUAAUGCAAUCCCCAGCUCAUCAUGGGACUCAUUCUGCGGCGAUGCAUGCUCAAUUUUGCAAGCGACUAUCAAAGCCCAGCACAUCAGAGUCAAUGCGUUGCAAUGCCUAUCCAUCCGCAAUAAUAGGACACACGACGUCCGGAGGAGACUGGCCAUUUCGUUCUUGUUUGACGACCCUAGCCUUGGCCGUCAACAUCCUGAAAAUGUUUUCACAGUUAGACAUGCUAUUGACCGCCUUGACAAAGACGACUUCAGCAUCACACCCCGAACCGAUUUCGCGGAACUCAAAGCCAUGGUAAUCAUCCUGGAUAUCGCCGUUGACGAUGGAAGCCCGCCAGAGUUGAGCAGUCUAGAGGCCGAAGAACAGUUCAACCAAGACAUCGAUGAGCUCGCCGCAAAGCUCAGGGAGAUUUGGCGCAAGAUCAACGACGCGGGCAUGAAAAUCACGCGGACAGAGGCGAAAAGCGUCGUCGAGUGGGUUCAGCAACGUUUGUCUAACACGGUCCGCACGCGUAGAAAGCUGAAGAAGAGCAUAUUCGACCUUCCCGGUCACGAGGAUCUGGCGUCCCUGCCGAAGCAGCAGGAGUACAUGGCCAAGUUUUUCCAAAAGAUACCCAAGCCACAAGGCGAGAAGUGA